AUGCCCAGCGCGCUAGGUCUGGCCGUUCGAGAGCACGAGAUGACAUGGUCGCUCGAGGACGAGGAGCCUUUGGAAGGAGCCUUUAGCGACGCCGAUGAAGAACGGUUGACAGGAGAUGGCAAUGGUAAUGGACGACCAUCCAGCUUCCGGCGGCGUGCCCCUGGGCAGGACCGCCAAGCUUCUUUGGGCUCAAUAAGCUCCAAUGGCAAGCUCGCCGCUCCGGUCGCUCGACGCCCUGGCCAUGGCGACGCGCUGGUGAAAGCGCUUACCCACGGCUCACCGUCGUCACCUCGCACGAGCUAUCAGCCUAG